AUGGUAAUUUCAGAGUCCCAGGAGGAAAUCCAAUGUACCGGGCAACAACGCAAAUACCUUUCUCAGACGAUCACUGGAAAUCAGCCAACAUACGUUCUGCGCUGGAAUACACGCCAACUUUGCCCAAGCAUCGAUCGGCUUGUAUACACUUGGCAAGCUGUUGCUAGCCAUAAUCCUGUCCUUCGAACAUCGAUCAAAUAUUCUGGAACCGACCAAGAGCCCCGCCUCGUUGUUCUCAGGAGGGCUGCUCCAAUUCGCAUAGAAGGUUUCUCCAAUCGUGUCGCAUACAAAUCCUCCUCGCUGAAGACUGCCGAACUCACUGUUAUCCUGAGCGAAACUGGUGUUUCCUUCCGUCUCCGUAUCCUCCAGGCGUUAGUUGACCGCAGAUCCCUCGCUCUUAUCUUUCGAGACUUUGAUCUCUUUUAUCAAGGUCUAUCCUGCGAACCUCACGAUCAUUUUAAAUACUAUAUCAGUCACAUCGCCCAACGCGAGACCCAGAAUGCGGAAUCGUAUUGGCGCAAUUUGAUGAAUGGGUCAGUGACCUCGCUCUCCUACGGUUUCCCAACGAAUAUCUCUGGAAUGAGGAAGACCUUCAUCUCCGAUCUGCAUGAGACCUUGGUGAGAUCUAUAUACGACUUUUUGGGCGUUUAUUCUGUGUCGGCGCGAGAUUUUGUCCAUUCACUAUGGUCGCUUGUUCAGUAUCGGCAUACCGCAGCCACUGAUGGCACUACUUUUUUCGCUGUCACCGGUCGAGAUACCAGCGUUCCAGGCUAUGAUACAGUUGUUGGGCCUGCUGAAUUAUACUAUCCGUUAAAGGUAGUGAUUGAAAAUGAUUUAUCGCUACUUAGCUGGAUUCGAAAGGUUUCCAAAAUUGACCAACAGGCUUCGCAGAAUGCCUACAUAGGAUAUGACAAAAUCCAGGACCAAAUCUUACCUCUAAAAGCGCAAGUGUGUAUAACUGUAUCCGACAGUCUUGAUAUUAUUGAGGAAGGCGACUGUGAUAUUCGCUUCCCUUUAACAAUCAAUGUUGAUUUUGAGAGACAUUUGGUCAAUAUGCAAUAUUAUUCUGAGACAUCAGAAGAUCACGAUUUACAGGUUAUUUUCAACCAUUUUAUCGCUCUAGUGGAAGAGGCUAUUCGAGACCCUAAGACCAUUGUGUCGGGCAUUGACAUUGUACCAAAGGAGGAAAAGGAGUUCCUAUUACGGUGCAGCGAGCCCGUUACCCUGCCCGCCACCGGCCUCAUCCAUGAACUCUUUGAGCGUCAAGCCGAAUUGAAUCCGCAACACGAAUGCCUAAACUUCGAAGGCCAAAUGGACUUUACUUAUGGGGAGCUCAAUAAAUUAUCCAAUCAAGUUGCUCGCCAGCUUGGUUGUGGUCGGGGUGAUUACGUACCCGUUUGCAUGGACCGUUCACCUGCAUUGAUCGUCUCUAUAUUGGCCAUCCUAAAAACGGGGGCCGCCUACGUUAUUCUGGACCCUGAAAGCCCCGUCGAACGGAAUUCCUUCAUUGUCACUGACGUUCAGGCACCGUUUGUUAUAACAGAUCGGAUUUCAGCAAUCAACUUUGCAUAUCCUCUGUUGAUCGAAACCCUGAUAGCGUUGACUCCCCGCUUCGAUGGCUCAAAUAUGGGCGUCUGUCAAGAGGCAACCGACAUAUGUUAUGUGAUAUAUACCUCAGGCUCAACAGGGAAACCAAAAGGUGUUUUGUUAGAGCAUAAAUCGGCAUACACAGGCCUGAUAGCGUUCCCAACUCUGCCGAACCUUCGCCAACUUCUUUUCCAUAAUCCUAUUUUCUCUGCCGCACAGCGUUCAAUUUUCUCCACAUUGAAGCAAGGAGGCUGCUUAUGCCUGGCCAAGAAAGAAAAUUUGACCGUUCGAAUUACUGAGAUGAUCAAUUCCAUGCGCGUUAACGUCAUAGAUGUGACGCCUUCAACGGCGACUCUUAUUGACCAAACACGUGUUCCCACUCUCCUUAGAAUGACUGUUGCCGGCGAGCUGAUCAACCCUGCCCUCCUGCCGGUCUGGAUGGACAAACUUGAACUCCUCAAUGCAUAUGGCUUAAGUGAGGUUACACAGAUAAACUGGCGCCACGUUAUGCACCCUAAGCAAAACCCCCAAAACAUUGGCCGUCCUGUCGAUUCAACACGCUCCUAUGUUCUCGUCCCGGGAACGACACAACUUGCUGCGAUACUUGAGCCGGGAGAAUUAUGUCUUGGUGGGCACCAACUUGCGAGAUCAUAUCUUAACCGUCCUGAGAAAACGCGGGAGUCUUUCAUACAAAAUCCAUUUGGUCCCGGUCGCCUCUAUCGGACAGGCGAUAUGGUUGUCACCCAUGCCGAUGGCAGUAUUGAAAUGAUUGGUCGUAUAGACUUCCAAGUAAAGAUCAACGGCCAGCGUGUCGAACCGGGUGAGGUCAACUGCUACAUCCAGCAACAUCCCGAUGUUUUUGAUUCGUGGACUGUGUCCGCGACAAUAGGAAACCAAAAAUCACUCGUCGCAGUUGUGGUGCCCAGAAGCGAAAGAGACUGGUCAACCCUUGUCCAGAGUUUGCAGAAAAUACUUCGAGACUGCGUCCCAUCAUACAUGGUUCCUGCAUAUUGGUGGAAGCGAGAUUGUCUGCCACUGAACGUCAACGGCAAGGUUGAUGUUUCUCUACUUUGCAGGCUUGUACAGGCGAUUCCACCAGAAGAACUGCUCGUCCGUUCAAUUGCUCAGAGCCAACAUAUAAACCAGUGUCAACUCACUCCAAUGGAAAGCUCACUAAGGCGGAUAUGGGCAGAGGUUUUACAUUUGCCUGAAUCAAGUAUAAAUUUGGAAGACUCUUUUCUGAAUCUCGGCGGUUCUUCUCUCUCUGCCAUCGUCGCUGCAUCACAUGCCAGCAAUGAGCUGAUCGAAGUAAAAGUUCACGAUAUCUUGCUUCAAAACAGCCUGCUUGAAGUUGCGAGAACGUGCAGGAGAAUCCAAAACCAAAUAUUACGGGUAGAACCGUUCUCUCUUCUUCCUGAAAGUUACAUUGCCCCCAACGGAAUUGAAGACGCAUGGCCUUCGACCCCAUCUCAAGAGCCUUUAAUUGCCGAUGUAAUGCUUGGUGGGACCAAGUAUCUCUAUGAUAGGGUGGUAACGUUGAAAGACACCAGUAAUGAUGAAGUGAAGGCCGCCCUAAAAAAGCUCCUGGAAGCCGAUUCCUUUCUCCGAAGCACAUUUACUCCUUACGGAACAACAUAUCUUCAAACCAUUCCCAAGGAAAGCCCUUUGCCAUGGCAAGAGCUAGACAUGAAACUGGCUGAGUACCUGGAGAAAAGGCCAGUCACCGUCGCCAUGGGAGGGCCAUUUUUUAAAGUCACUGCACUUUCCACUGGGGAACUAGUUUUUACAAUGCACCAUGCUCUCUUUGAUUUUUGGUCCAGCCGCUUUAUAUUUGAUGAUUUGUCCAAUUUGAUCCGCACACGCCCUCUGGCUAAUCGCCCCAAAUACAAUAAACUUGUCCAAUACCUCUCCCAGAAGGACAAAACCUCAAGUCAACAGUACUGGCGCAACUAUCUCAAGGAUUCCAAAACAUCAAGAUUGGGACACACCGCAGGCACAAAUACUAUCACCAAACUGAACUUGAAGACUCCAAUCCCUUCAACCAGUAAAACCAUAGGGGUAUCUACUGGUUCGAUCUUGUAUGCAUCAUGGGCACUUGUCCUGUCCCAUGUUCUUGGAAGCUCCGAAGUGAUUUUCGGUAUCACACUAUUUGGCCGAGAUGUGCCAAUUCCAGAUGUUCUGCUUAUGGAAGGGCCGGCGGUUGUGCAAGUUCCCUUACGGGUUAAGAUUUCGAAAUCCUCAUCCAUUGGCAAAGUUGCGAAAGACAUCCACACCCAAAUAAAAUCUGUGGUAGAUCAUGCGCAUUACGGACUGCGAAAUAUCUUGCUUGCCGCGGGUCAACCAGCUAGUUUAUUUGACACCUCUGUUAAUUUCUUGGUGAAGCCGCCUUCGUCCGAUGCAGACGACACCUUCAACCUUGUUUCUGAUGAACAACCUGGACUUACCGAUUAUAUCAAACUCGAGGCACAAGAUUCGGACCUUACCAGCAUAUCUUUAUCGUCGACUCUAGAUCCCAAGUUCGCACAGCAAAUUCUCUCUGGGCUGGCAUCUAUUGUUGAUGCCUUUUUCUUCGAUGCAGAGACCCCUGUUAGUUAUCUGAGACUGGAAGCAGUCCUGAGUUCCACCUCCCAGAAACACCCCACACUCAAACCCCAGGAUACUAAUUCUGGAUUUGCACAUUCGCUUUUUGAGGAUAUGGUCUCUCGUUUCGGAGAUAAAACCGCUUUAGAGGACGAACACGGAAGUGCUGUGUCGUAUACGCAGUUGAAUCAACGAGCGAAUCAAUUAGCUAAUUUCCUUCGAUCCAGAGCAAUCCUCCCAGAAGAUAUCGUUCCUAUCUGCUUGGAUAAGUCAAUUGAUAUGGUAGUUGCCAUACUUGGGAUUUUCAAAACUGGUGCAGCAUUUUGCGCCUUGGACCCAACAAGCCAACCAUCACGAAACCAAUUUAUCUUGAAGAAAAUCGGAGCAAAAUUGAUCAUCACCGAUCCUGCCAGCUCUCAUUCUUUGGAGUGCUUUCGUUGUGAGCAUGUGGUAUUGGGCCAACUGGAUUCGUUUCAAUUCAGUUGCGAAAACGUUGUUGUGCCGACGCUCUCUCCUGAGAGUCUUGCUUAUGUGAUUUUCACCUCUGGAAGUUCUGGUGACCCAAAAGGAGUUCUUAUCACUCACAACAAUGCUUUCAAUGCCAGCAAAGGAAUGAUCGAAGCAACGGGAGCGAAUGAUUCAUGGAGAUCGCUGUGGGCCCUCAACUAUAUUUUCGAUGGAUCAUACUUUGACCUUUUUGCAGUUCUUGGCUCUGGUGGCACACUUUGUUUGGUCAGUCAAUCCAGAGUAUUUUCAAAUCUUGCUGGAUUCAUCAAUCAAUUCGAUGUUACUCACGUUAACGUAACCCCAACAAUCGUCAACAAACUCCUCAUUCCCUCAGAUGUACCUAAUUUAAAGGCCCUCGUCGUAGGUGGAGAGCCCCUUGUGCCCGAGAUCUUGGAGACCUGGGCACCUCUCCUUCCUGUUUAUAAUAACUAUGGACCGACAGAGGGAACCAUCCUAGCGACAACUGCGCUUAUAGAGCCAACCAGCACCAUCAACGAUAUUGGCACGGCAUUAUCUACCUCAAUUGUGUCCAUCCUUGAGUUUGACUCAAAGGCCCCAGCACCCUUGGGAGAACUGGGUGAGCUCUGUUUGGGUGGUCCACAGGUAGCGCGCGGUUAUUUAGAUAACCCCGACGCAACUCAUGCGGCAUUUUUUUCUCAAGAUGAUGGAUCGAGAAUAUAUCGAACUGGCGAUGUUGCUCGUCAGCUCUCCGACGGCCGUUUUGAGCUGUUCGGCCGAAGGGACAACCAAGUCAAGGUCAACGGCUACCGGAUAGAACUUGGUGAAAUUGAGAGUGCCAUCCUCAGGACCGGCAUGGUGAAGACUUGUGUGGUUCUAGCAGCGAAAGUACACGGCAAGACCCAACUUGUUGCGGUCUGCCAACUGCUUUCUGAUUUCCCUGACGAUAUCGAGGAGAAUAUCACACCCUUAUUGCCGCCUUCAGAAGCACACUCCUUCCAAGAUUUGCAAACAAGGCUGGUUACUCUUCCACGUUAUAUGAUCCCGGCCGUCUGGCUUCCUGUUGCGUAUCUCCCGCUCCUUCCUUCGGGCAAGACCAACCGAAAGGAGGUAUUAAAAUUGAUCGAAUCGAUGGAAGAUUCUCUGGUGGCAAGUUACCAGGACCCUCAAUCUACCUCUGUUAACGGAGAGGCGGAUCACUCAGCUCCCGAAACGGACGAGGAACGAUUGUUAAAAACUGCUUGGGCUUCCAUAUUCGGGUGUAACCUUCAUUCUUUCGGGACAUCCUCCAGUUUCUACUCUCUUGGUGGCGACUCGAUUGCGGCCAUCAACCUCGUAAGCGAGAGUCGCAAACUUGGAUACGAGCUCUCUGUUGCUGAUGUUUUAGCAUUUCCUUCCAUCAAGGAGCAAGCUCGAGUUAUCAAGCCUUUACUAACAACAAAUGGGAGUCUUCCCUCUUCCCCUCAUGUGUAUGAAGUUGAAGAUGACAUAUACGACACUUUGCAUCGAUGUGGUGUUGACCAGGAGGAUAUUGAAACGAUUUACCCCUGCGUCCCGGGUCAGGCUGAGUUUCUGACACAAGGCCAUACCGAUCACCAAUUCUGGCAACUUCAGACAGUGCGACGUGUCCCAUCUGACUUCGAUGUUCAACGGUGGAUCGAGCUGGUGCAGAAACUAACUGCGAAAAAUACAAUUUUACGUGCCAUGUUCAUCAAGAGUGUGAAAAAGGAUGAGCCUCCAAAAUGGGUGCAAGUGAUUCUAAAAGAGCCCGUUCUGGAUUUGGAGACAAUAUGUUACGGCACCCUUGAAGAGAGAGAGCGAAUUAUCGAUGCCUUGUGGGAUGGUCGUUUCCAAGUGGGAAAGCCCUUCAUUCAAUACAGAAUUUUAAGGUCAACAACGGAUGGUACACUAGAUUUGUAUAUCAAAAUGGAUCAUGCCAUGUACGACGGCACACUACUUCGGAUAUUUGACGAUCAGUUCAUCGCAAUGGCGAAGAACGAGGAACCUCCAAAACCAACUGAGUUUACGGAGCUCAUAAAAUACCACUCAACCAGCAAAACAGGAAAAAUGCUCCAGUUCUGGGUGAAUUUACUUGACGGAAAUAAAUUCGACUAUCCCACCCAAUCACUGGAGCCGAAGGUUGGAGGAAUGGCUUUCAGAUCCUUUGGAACAGAGGUCAAUGACUUCGCUCACGGGACCGGAAUCACCGUACCCAUCGUCUUCCAAACAGCCUGGGGUUUACUCCUGUCAUAUCUGAGUAACAGCCUCGAUGUCACGUACGAUAACCUGCUAACCGGCCGCAACGUCAAUCUCGACAAUCCUCAGCUGAUUAAUGGCAACUGUGCCAACUUCCUCCCCUUCCGCACUCGAUUCCAAGAUACCAAAACCCUCAGGACUCUCCUGCAUGAUACCCAGGUGCUUUUCUGGGAGACUACCGAAAACGGGAUGGUUGGGCUUGCGGAUAUCUAUAAAGCGCUUGGUGUCGAUCGGAGCAAACGUGCUGCGAAGACCAUGUUCUGCUUCCAACCGUUCGACCCUCCCCCCAAAACGCUUGACGCCCAUAUGCGUUGGAUCGUGAUGGGUGUGAGCCAGAAUAGGAUGUUUUUCAACUACGCCCUCAUGUGUGAGGUGUUUAAAUCCCCAACAGGCUACAAAACGAAAUUCCAGUAUGAUCCGAAGGUGAUUGACGAGAGUGCAGCAGAGAGGGCUGCAGAUACGUUUAUUUCUAUUUUUGAUUUCAUUUUAGGAUGUACGGAGUGUACCAGCGUCGGGAAUCUGUAUGGCAAAUUGAAAAUCGAUUUUGGCGGCGGGCCCGCUGUGUCAUCAGAAGGAACAGAACAAAUAAUGGACAAUCGGAGAUGCACGGAGGUAGAGUAACAACAUUCAUUUAUACAACUAGAUUUACUAAGGCAUCAAAUUGGAAAGCAAUACAUGAUUUC